UUAAAUAUAUCGAGACAAACAUGGCGGAUCCCAAAGAAAAUAAACAUCAGAAAACAAGUCAUGUUCCCCGCCCUCCGGCAGUAUUGUUUUAUCAUAAAUCCAUGAGUCAAUUGGCAGAAAGUAUCUGUGAACGGUGCAGCCGUGCACUGGAUCAGUCAUCAAGCACGAAACAAAAAGAACUUUUAUACUAUCAACAAAGUGUGGAGUUGAGAUCUGUAUCAUGGGAACAAUUUCCGGAUGGAUGGCCAAACUUAUUUAUUGCAAAUGCUAAACAAGAUUGUGCAGGAAGAGAUGUCAUCUUUCUGGCAAGCUUCCACUCACCGGAAGUUGUGUUUGAGCAGCUUUCUGUUAUUUAUAAGAUUCCCAGGCUAUUGGCUCGAUCAUUUACUGCUAUUGUACCAUACUUUCCAACUGGAACAAUGGAAAGGGAGGAAACAGAGGGUCAAGUUGCUACUGCAAAGACUCUGGCCAUUUUGUUGUCCACUGUUCCAUUGACUGCCAGAGGACCAUCUCAGAUAAUGGUAUUUGAUAUUCAUGCCCUGCAGGAAAGAUUCUAUUUCACUGACAAUGUAAUUCCAAGAUUGGAGACAGCCAUUCCUUUGCUUCUACGAGAGAUAAUGAUGCUAAGCAAAGACAAUGCCAUUAGCAUUGCUUUUCCUGAUGAUGGUGCAUUCAAGAGGUUUCAUACCAUGUUUAAAUCCUUCCCAACUAUCACUUGCACAAAAAUCCGUGACAAGGACCACAGAAUUGUGAAAGUCAAAGAUGGUGACCCAGCUGGACAUCAUGUGAUCAUCGUUGAUGACCUUGUGAUGACAGGAGGGACCUUAGUGGAGUGUGCUAAAGCUUUGUUGUCAGCUGGAGCGGUGAAGAUCAGUGCAUAUGUAACACAUGCUGUGUUUCCUAAAGAUUCGUGGAAGCUGUUCACAGACUGUGAAGUGCCCUUCAGCAAGUUCUACAUAACAGAUUCAAUCCCACAUGCCACCAGUAUUGCUCAGCACUCUCCUUUUAAACUACUUUCCUUGUGUGACUCCAUAUCUGAGACUCUACUGGGCUUUGAUCUGCUACAGAGCUGAUUUCAAAUGACUAUCUUUAGUGUUGUUAAGAAGAAGCUUUGUUGCGUCAAUCUUAUGGAGCAUUGUUUAUACUAUGGUGGGAAAUAAAAAAUAGAUUUGUAUUACAUGGGAAGUAAAGUUACAACAGUUAUUUUGUUAGUUAUAGUAGUUAGGUAUAUUUUAUUAUUAUCUGGUAGCAGGUUGCUCUUGUUACACAUUCAUAUAAUGGCCACUUCAGAUGUCAAAAUUAGUUGUAUUCAAAUGUUAUUUUAGUAAAGAAGUUCACAAAUCUAAACACUCAUGUUUUAGUGUUUUGUACAAUAGACAGUUGUUGAUGUAUUAGCAAGAUUAUGAGUACACCCGCAUUGCAUGCCUACAUGUACGUAAUCAACCAUGACACUUUGCUUCCUUAGUUCUACCAUGUGCUUGGUGUAAGAUGGCGACGGUUGUUUAUUAAAUUAUUUUUCAGUACUCACUCAUCACCUCCUGAUCUCCCGUUUUUUGAAGCAAAUCAACAACAGUCACCAUACAAAGAUGGUAUGCAAGGAGUCAUGCUAUAGCCAGAUAUCUAAUUAGUUCCUGGUGUGCAUAGAAUUAUAGCAAA